AUGGAAUACUUCAGCUGGGACUUGGGCAACAGUCUCUGCAAGCUCUUUGUCUUCGUUGCCUACUGCUGUACAUUCUCCAGCCUGCUGAUCAUCCUGUUGAUGAGUGUCCAGCGCUACUACCAAGUUCUGCACCCUAGUGCUGGGCCAGGUGGCGUGGGGCAGUGGGUUGUUUCCCCACACUGUGGGGUGUUGUGGUUGUAAUAUCUUCACCGUUCCUGACAGUCAACAUGGUGGAGGGGGAGGACGGGCAUCUCCAUUGUGUUAACAACUAUUAUAAUAAACAAAAGUAUAGCCCCGGGGUGGGAGGUUUGGUGAUGGCGAUAUUUGGAUUAGUAUUACCUGUAUCCCUCCUACUAACAUCCUACAUCCGCCUCCAUAAGAGAGUGAAACAUUCAGCUUUCUUCCGAAAGUCCAGGAUGACCAGACUUGUGACCAGCAUCAUUGUGACUUUCAUCAUCGGUUCGAUGCCAUUCCAAGUUGUUAUCAUCCUAAACAUGUCAGGACAUUUGGCCAAGUAG